AGGAAAAUGUGCGUCAAGGUCCUGCUCGGUUUUUUUUGGAAGGGGAUAUCUGCUCAGACAGUAAGAAUUAUAAGAGCUCUGAGAGCUCAUUUUGAAGAAAUAAUGGAUGAGCCAUCCGCCUUGGCCAAACCUCUGGAGCUGAACCAGCACUCCCGAUUCAUAAUUGGUUCUGUGUCUGAAGAUAACUCGGAGGAUGAGAUCAGCAGUCUGGUGAAGCUGGAUCUACUGGAGGAGAAGGAGGGCUCUCUGUCACCCACUUCUGUCAGCUCGGAUACACUCUCUGAUAUGGGCAUCUCUAGCCUACAGGAUGGCUUGGCCUUACAUGUAAGGCCCAGCAUGUCUGGCUUGCAUCUAGUAAAGCAAGGUCGAGACCGAAAGAAAAUAGACUCACAGCGAGAUUUCACUGUAGCUUCUCCAGCAGAAUUUGUUACUCGCUUUGGGGGGAAUAAAGUGAUUGAGAAGGUUCUUAUUGCCAACAAUGGCAUUGCAGCAGUGAAAUGCAUGCGGUCUAUCCGUCGGUGGUCCUACGAGAUGUUUCGAAAUGAACGUGCAAUCCGAUUUGUUGUCAUGGUCACACCUGAAGACCUUAAAGCCAAUGCAGAGUACAUUAAGAUGGCAGAUCACUAUGUACCAGUGCCUGGGGGACCAAACAACAACAACUAUGCAAAUGUUGAAUUAAUUCUUGAUAUUGCUAAAAGGAUCCCAGUUCAAGCAGUAUGGGCUGGCUGGGGUCAUGCUUCUGAGAAUCCCAAGCUCCCAGAACUUCUUUUGAAAAAUGGCAUCGCCUUCAUGGGUCCUCCAAGCCAGGCCAUGUGGGCUUUGGGGGAUAAGAUUGCAUCUUCCAUAGUGGCACAAACUGCAGGUAUCCCAACUCUUCCCUGGAGUGGCAGUGGUCUUCAUGUGGACUGGCAAGAAAAUGAUUUUUCAAAACGUAUCUUAAAUGUUCCCCAAGAACUCUAUGAAAAAGGCUAUGUGAAGGAUGUGGAUGAUGGGCUAAAGGCAGCAGAGGAAGUUGGGUAUCCAGUAAUGAUCAAGGCCUCAGAAGGAGGAGGAGGAAAGGGGAUCAGAAAAGUCAAUAAUGCAGAUGACUUCCCUAACCUCUUCAGACAGGUUCAAGCUGAAGUCCCCGGAUCUCCUAUAUUUGUGAUGAGACUAGCCAAACAAUCUCGUCAUCUGGAGGUGCAGAUAUUAGCAGAUCAGUAUGGCAAUGCUAUCUCUUUGUUUGGUCGUGAUUGCUCUGUACAGCGUAGGCAUCAGAAGAUUAUUGAAGAGGCACCUGCUGCUAUUGCUACUCCAGCAGUAUUCGAACAUAUGGAACAGUGUGCGGUGAAACUUGCCAAAAUGGUUGGCUAUGUGAGUGCGGGGACUGUGGAAUACCUCUACAGCCAGGAUGGCAGCUUCUACUUUCUGGAACUAAACCCUCGGCUACAGGUGGAGCACCCUUGUACAGAGAUGGUGGCUGAUGUCAAUCUCCCUGCAGCACAGCUCCAGAUUGCCAUGGGGAUCCCUCUGUACAGAAUCAAGGAUAUUCGUAUGAUGUAUGGGGUAUCUCCCUGGGGUGAUGCUCCCAUUGAUUUUGAAAAUUCUGCUCAUGUUCCUUGCCCAAGAGGCCACGUUAUUGCUGCUCGGAUCACUAGUGAAAAUCCAGAUGAGGGUUUUAAGCCCAGCUCAGGAACAGUUCAGGAACUGAAUUUCCGCAGCAAUAAGAAUGUAUGGGGUUAUUUCAGUGUUGCUGCUGCAGGGGGACUUCAUGAAUUUGCUGAUUCUCAGUUUGGUCACUGCUUUUCCUGGGGAGAAAACAGAGAGGAAGCAAUUUCAAACAUGGUGGUGGCUUUGAAGGAGCUAUCUAUUCGGGGUGACUUUCGAACUACAGUUGAAUACCUGAUCAAAUUGUUGGAGACCGAAAGCUUUCAGUUGAAUAGAAUUGACACUGGCUGGCUGGACAGACUGAUAGCAGAAAAAGUACAGGCAGAGCGACCUGACACCAUGUUGGGAGUUGUGUGUGGGGCUCUCCAUGUGGCUGAUGUGAGCCUGCGGAAUAGCGUCUCUAACUUCCUUCACUCCUUAGAAAGGGGUCAAGUCCUUCCUGCUCAUACACUUCUGAACACUGUAGAUGUUGAACUUAUCUAUGAGGGAAUCAAGUAUGUACUUAAGGUGACUCGACAGUCCCCUAACUCAUAUGUGGUGAUCAUGAACGGCUCAUGUGUAGAAGUAGACGUGCAUCGGCUGAGUGACGGGGGACUGCUCUUGUCCUAUGAUGGCAGCAGUUACACCACAUACAUGAAGGAAGAAGUGGAUAGAUAUCGCAUCACGAUUGGCAAUAAAACCUGUGUGUUUGAGAAAGAGAAUGACCCUUCAGUGAUGCGCUCACCUUCUGCUGGGAAGUUAAUCCAGUACAUUGUGGAGGAUGGAGGCCAUGUGUUUUCUGGCCAGUGCUAUGCUGAGAUUGAGGUGAUGAAGAUGGUAAUGACCUUAACAGCUAUAGAGUCUGGCUGUAUUCAUUAUGUCAAGCGGCCUGGAGCAGCUCUUGACCCUGGCUGUGUAAUAGCCAAAAUGCAGUUGGAUAACCCCAGCAAGGUCCAGCAGGCUGAGCUUCACACCGGCAGUCUGCCACAGAUCCAGAGCACAGCACUCAGAGGCGAGAAGCUCCAUCGAGUGUUCCACUAUGUCCUGGACAAUCUGGUCAACGUGAUGAAUGGAUACUGCCUUCCAGAUCCUUUCUUUAGCAGCAGGGUAAAAGACUGGGUAGAGCGGUUGAUGAAGACCCUCAGAGAUCCCUCCUUACCUCUCCUAGAAUUGCAAGAUAUCAUGACCAGUGUCUCUGGCCGCAUCCCCCCCAACGUGGAGAAGUCUAUCAAGAAGGAAAUGGCUCAGUAUGCUAGCAACAUCACAUCAGUCCUCUGUCAGUUUCCCAGCCAGCAGAUUGCCAACAUCCUGGAUAGCCAUGCAGCUACACUGAACCGGAAAUCUGAACGGGAAGUCUUCUUCAUGAACACUCAGAGCAUUGUCCAACUGGUACAGAGGUACCGAAGUGGCAUCCGAGGCCACAUGAAGGCUGUGGUGAUGGAUCUGCUGCGGCAGUAUCUGCGAGUAGAGACACAGUUCCAGAACGGUCACUAUGACAAAUGUGUCUUCGCUCUUCGAGAGGAGAAUAAGAGUGACAUGAACACUGUACUGAACUAUAUCUUUUCUCAUGCUCAAGUCACCAAGAAGAAUCUUCUGGUCACAAUGCUUAUUGAUCAGUUGUGUGGCCGGGACCCUACGCUCACUGAUGAGCUGCUGAAUAUCCUCACAGAGCUAACUCAACUCAGUAAGACCACCAAUGCUAAAGUGGCUCUCCGAGCACGCCAGGUUCUUAUUGCCUCCCAUUUGCCAUCAUAUGAGCUUCGCCAUAACCAAGUAGAGUCUAUCUUCCUAUCAGCUAUUGACAUGUACGGACAUCAGUUUUGCAUUGAGAACCUGCAGAAACUCAUCUUAUCUGAAACAUCUAUUUUUGAUGUCCUACCAAACUUCUUCUACCACAGCAACCAGGUGGUGCGGAUGGCAGCUCUGGAGGUGUAUGUUCGAAGGGCUUAUAUUGCCUAUGAACUUAACAGCGUACAACACCGCCAGCUUAAGGAUAACACCUGCGUGGUGGAAUUCCAGUUCAUGUUGCCCACAUCUCAUCCAAACAGAGGGAACAUCCCCACGCUAAACAGAAUGUCCUUCUCCUCCAACCUCAACCACUGUGGCAUGACUCAUGUAGCUAAUGUCAGCGACGUGCUGUUGGACAAUUCAUUCACUCCACCAUGCCAGCGGAUGGGUGGAAUGGUCUCUUUUCGGACUUUUGAAGAUUUUGUCAGGAUCUUUGGUGAAGUGAUGGGCUGCUUCUGUGAUUCCCCACCCCAAAGCCCCACAUUCCCUGAGGCAGGUCACACGUCUCUAUACGAUGAAGACAAGGUCCCCAGGGAUGAACCUAUUCACAUUCUGAAUGUGGCUAUCAAGACUGACUGUGAUAUUGAGGAUGACAGGCUGGCAGCGAUGUUCAGAGAGUUUACCCAGCAAAACAAAGCUACUCUGGUUGAGCAUGGAAUCCGCCGCCUUACUUUCCUGGUUGCACAAAAGGAUUUUAGGAAACAGAUCAGCUAUGAGGUGGAUCAGAGAUUUCAUAGAGAAUUCCCUAAAUUUUUCACGUUCCGAGCAAGGGAUAAGUUUGAGGAGGAUCGUAUUUAUCGUCACUUGGAACCUGCCCUCGCCUUCCAGUUAGAGCUGAACCGGAUGAGAAAUUUUGACCUCACUGCCAUUCCAUGUGCUAAUCACAAGAUGCACCUGUAUCUUGGGGCAGCCAAAGUGGAAGUGGGCACAGAAGUGACAGACUAUAGGUUCUUUGUCCGUGCGAUCAUUAGACAUUCUGAUCUGGUCACCAAGGAAGCUUCUUUUGAAUAUCUACAAAAUGAAGGGGAGCGGCUGCUCCUGGAAGCCAUGGAUGAGUUGGAAGUCGCUUUUAAUAAUACAAAUGUUCGUACUGACUGCAACCACAUCUUCCUCAACUUUGUGCCCACGGUCAUCAUGGAUCCAUCAAAGAUUGAGGAAUCUGUGCGGAGCAUGGUAAUGCGCUAUGGAAGUCGGCUGUGGAAAUUACGCGUCCUCCAGGCAGAACUGAAAAUCAACAUUCGCCUGACACCAACCGGAAAAGCAAUUCCCAUCCGCCUCUUCCUGACAAACGAGUCUGGCUAUUACUUGGACAUCAGCCUGUACAAGGAAGUGACUGACUCCAGGACAGCACAGAUCAUGUUUCAGGCAUAUGGAGACAAACAGGGACCACUGCAUGGAAUGUUAAUCAACACUCCCUAUGUGACCAAAGACCUGCUUCAAUCAAAGAGGUUCCAGGCACAGUCCUUAGGGACAACAUACAUAUAUGAUAUCCCAGAGAUGUUUCGACAGUCCCUGAUCAAACUCUGGGAGUCUAUGUCCACUCAAGCAUUUCUUCCGUCACCCCCUCUGCCUUCUGACAUACUGACCUACACUGAGCUCGUGUUGGAUGAUCAAGGUCAACUGGUCCACAUGAACAGGCUACCAGGAGGAAAUGAGAUUGGCAUGGUGGCUUGGAAAAUGACCCUUAAAAGUCCUGAGUAUCCAGAAGGCCGAGAUAUCAUUGUUAUUGGCAAUGACAUCACAUACCGAAUUGGGUCCUUUGGGCCCCAGGAGGAUUUGCUGUUUCUCAGAGCUUCUGAGCUUGCCAGGGCAGAGGGUAUCCCACGCAUCUAUGUAGCAGCCAACAGCGGAGCAAGAAUUGGAUUGGCGGAAGAAAUUCGUCACAUGUUUCAUGUGGCCUGGGUAGAUCCUGAGGAUCCUUACAAGGGAUACAAAUAUUUAUAUCUGACCCCUCAAGAUUAUAAGAGAGUCAGUGCUCUCAACUCUGUCCAUUGUGAACAUGUGGAGGAUGAAGGAGAAUCCAGGUACAAGAUAACUGAUAUUAUUGGGAAGGAAGAGGGACUUGGAGCAGAGAACCUUCGAGGUUCUGGAAUGAUUGCUGGAGAAACCUCAUUGGCCUAUGAUGAGAUCAUCACCAUUAGCCUGGUUACAUGCCGGGCCAUUGGAAUUGGGGCUUACCUUGUCCGGCUGGGACAGAGAACCAUCCAGGUUGAAAACUCUCACUUAAUUCUGACAGGAGCUGGGGCCCUCAACAAAGUCCUCGGGCGGGAAGUAUAUACCUCCAAUAACCAGCUCGGUGGCAUCCAGAUCAUGCACAACAAUGGGGUGACCCACAGCACCGUUUGUGAUGACUUUGAGGGGGUCUUCACUAUCCUGCACUGGCUAUCAUACAUGCCUAAGAGCGUGAACAGUUCCGUUCCUAUCCUGAACUCCAAGGAUCCUAUAGACAGAAUUAUCGAGUUUGUCCCCACAAAGGCCCCAUAUGAUCCUCGAUGGAUGCUGGCAGGCCGUCCUCACCCAACCCAGAAAGGUCAGUGGUUGAGUGGAUUUUUUGACUAUGGGUCUUUCUCGGAAAUCAUGCAGCCUUGGGCCCAGACCGUGGUGGUUGGCAGAGCCAGGCUAGGAGGAAUACCUGUGGGAGUAGUUGCCGUAGAAACCCGAACAGUGGAACUCAGUAUCCCAGCUGAUCCUGCAAACCUGGAUUCUGAAGCCAAGAUAAUCCAGCAGGCUGGCCAGGUUUGGUUCCCAGACUCUGCGUUUAAAACCUAUCAGGCUGUCAAGGACUUCAACCGUGAAGGGCUGCCUCUGAUGGUCUUUGCUAACUGGAGAGGCUUCUCUGGUGGGAUGAAAGAUAUGUAUGACCAAGUGCUGAAAUUUGGUGCUUACAUUGUGGACGGCUUACGGGAGUGCUCUCAGCCUGUGAUGGUCUACAUCCCUCCCCAUGCCGAGCUUCGGGGUGGCUCCUGGGUCGUGAUCGACCCCACCAUCAACCCCCGGCACAUGGAGAUGUAUGCCGACCGGGAAAGCAGGGCAUCAGUUCUGGAGCCAGAAGGGACUGUAGAAAUCAAAUUCCGCAAAAAGGAUCUGGUGAAAACUAUGCGUCGGUUGGACCCCGUCUACAUCCACUUGGCUGAGCGAUUGGGCACCCCUGAGCUCAGUGCAGCUGAGCGGAAGGAGCUGGAGAACAAGCUGAAGGAGCGGGAGGAAUUCCUGGUUCCCAUUUACCACCAGGUAGCCGUGCAGUUUGCUGACUUGCAUGACACACCGGGCCGGAUGCAGGAGAAGGGUGUUAUUAACGACAUCCUGGAUUGGAAAACAUCCCGCACCUUCUUCUACUGGCGGCUGAGGCGCCUCCUGCUGGAGGACCUGGUCAAGAAGAAAAUCCACAAUGCCAACCCUGAGCUGACUGACGGCCAGGUCCAGGCCAUGUUGAGGCGCUGGUUUGUGGAAGUGGAAGGAACAGUGAAGGCCUACAUUUGGGACAACAACAAGGACCUGGUCGAGUGGCUGGAGAAACAGCUGACAGAGGAGGACGGCGUUCGCUCAGUAAUAGAGGAAAACAUCAAAUACAUCAACAGAGACUAUGUUCUCAAGCAGAUCCGCAGCUUGGUCCAGGCAAAUCCAGAGGUCGCCAUGGAUUCCAUUGUCCACAUGACCCAGCACAUCUCACCCACUCAGCGAGCAGAAGUCGUCCGGAUCCUGUCCACGAUGGACUCCCCUUCGACGUAGAGAGAGCUUCCGCCCUCGCCCUGCCUCCAGAGAAAAGGGCUAGACUAGAGCUGCCUUUUACUACGGAAACCACUGUAACGAGAAGGCACGGGAGACCCAGCACUGGAAUCAAACUGGCGUUUUGCUUCCCCUCGAAUGUUUCAGGUUCUGUGUGGCACACGGGGACACAGGGUCACAGAGCCAUGCUCCAGCCCCCGUCACACUGUCCCGUUCAGUAUUUAUUACCCUGCACACACCCAAGAAGGCAGUGAAGGGUACACACGUACCAUGAGGUCUUCCUACACAGAAGCAGGGCUGCCCCUUGGUCUCAGCCCCGGGAGCCUGCACCCCAGGUAGCAGGGGAGGGCUGGGGCGAGGAAGAAGCCUCACGUACGUUAUUUCUUUACCCCCACGUUCAGCCCAGCACACACUAGCACUGGAGAGGAAUCAUUCCAGCCUCAUCACACCAAGGUCCUGUUUGUGAAGGAAAAUAGAGCAUGAAAUCGGCAAGCUCCAUGGGAACUCAAAGAUGAAGGCAAACCAUGAUCCAAAGAGCAGAGAAAGAAAACAGACCUAGUCACUGUUGUGGAUUAGAGGCCUCAACGUCGAGGUCAGUUCUCUUAGAGCAAAUGGAGAGAUGGGGACCUACCACUCCCUGCAGGUCACUGCCCAACAGGCCAGUGCGGGGAAGGCCGCCCUCUGUCACUCAUGGGAAGUAGUCUCUCAUUUUAGGACUUGGGAGGUUGUCACUGUUAAGCCUGGAGCGAUGGUAGUCACAGAGGUUAGUAGUGCCUACAGAGUCGCUGUCUCCAUUUCCAGGGCAACAGGUCUCCCCACCGCUGCUGACAGGACCCCUGCGGACACCUAUGCUCUCGGCACCAGGACCCCAGAAUCCACAUGACCUUGAGAUUACCUACGACUCCCUCUUGGUGCUGCUGUCUUCCAGGCUCACGGGGCCCUACGCGCAAGGGCCCCUCACGGGUGGUGGAGAACGCUUGUUUUUGUCAACAACCAGUUUAUUCAAGGAGAGAGCUUACUGAUUCCCCCGUUGGUAUUCCUAAAGCAAGAGUGGCAGGUGAUCAGGCUGGUGUAGCAUCCGUUCCUACAGAGCAGCUAAUUGCAUUUGUCACUGGUGACCAAGGAGGAAAUCACUGGGACGUCUUAGAAGCACUGAUAUGAAUACUUGUGUACAACCUCCAGAUUUGAGCCUUAACCCUGUAGUUCACAAGAAAGAGCUCCACUUCCCCUCCUUUGGGAACAGUUUAUGCAGAUGGAACUGUGUGGCUGGGUCUGUCACCACCCUCCCUCUCCCCCCAGGAGCAUGGGGCCUCAGCCAGGCUGCCCUGGUACAGGUACAGUGUUUGGCACUACCAGAGAAGGGUGGGAAAAGGUAGGGAAUAACACUCAGUCCAGGAGGCAGCAUCCACUGUUGCUAGUAUCUGCUAACCCAGUAAGAAUUGACUUCAUCUCUGACCAUAUUAUUCCUCUCCACUUUCCUGCAAUAAAUAAAGUGAUAUGCACCGACAGCUGGUGUGAAGCCUGCUCUCCACGGGCCUGUGCUCGCCCGGCAUUUCUUCAGAGGCAGAGUGGGUUACUCUCAUGUGCCUCUCCCCUCUGCAAAUUAUGACACAUUAAACGAAUCCAUUUCCUCUCUAGACCCCUGUAAUGCCUACUGCUCCAUCUCCAGAGCACCUCACUUUAGGUCUUACCCUGGACAGGGAUUUUUCAUAUGGAGAAGACAGAAGAGCCACAGAGUGUGAGCCAGCUGACAUCCCACAGCCCCCUGCACAAGCAAGGUCGCUGAGGCAGGCGGGUAGCAAAGUACGGACCAGGACGUGCUGGACUGAGACUGCCUCAUGGUCCCACCACCUCGUUCACAGAGCAGCCUUCACUUGUCUCAUUGGAAGUUCGAUGGACACACUCUGAUGAGCAAGGAGCUUCAGUCAAAUCUUUUCACAUUUUGUGGAAAUAAACCUCCAAUUUGUAGAAGA